UCGAGACGCGCCAUUCGCGGUCAGUGACUACACAGAGUUCAACUGCGACAGACUGAUUUAAAUGCAGCCAAAAUUCUGUUCUUAUCGCAAUUUUAUGAACCAUCAAGCUUUAGCACCUGGCGACAGAUCUCUAAGCUAGUCUAAAUCUAAAUCUAAAUCUCUCACUUGUUUACAUUGUUAAAAAAUAAAUGUGAUGUGAAAUACAUACAUAGACUUCGGAGGCCUUUAUCUUGAUGAUAAAUACAAUGAAAAUGAAAUCUGAACUCUGCUUUCAUUCUACAAUUCAUAACAAGUGCUAGUGUGGUCGUAAAAAUAUAAAGAAAGAAUUUAUAUAUUUUGAUUGAUUGCUUAUUACAAUGUGCUAACACUUCGACUCCUUUCCACAAUUAUGUUUUGCGGGAAUGUUCAAAUAAAACAUUUAAAUUAUUCUAUAAUUUCAUUUAACGACCUACAGCAAGCCGAGGACUGGUCUGUAAUAAAAUUGCACAACAUAUGACGAAAGACCGCAGCUGUCAAACAUAAUCUACACAAAUUAUUUUUGAUCGCGGUCUGGCAGGAAUUACCGAGCGCACUAAUUGGUUUUAAAAAUUAAGCGAAAUUCAACGCAGGCAAUUAGACAAUUCGCAGAUGCAGCGGCGAAGAUGAGUCGGAAUCUUUUCGAGGCUCGGCUCUUCUCAAUUCCCGGAUAGAAUCGUGAAUCGUGAGUGGAUGCAAGUGGAGGGUUGAGCAAAAUGCUGGAAGUGGACAAGAUUCUGGAGAAAUGCGGCGACUUCGGCCGUCUCCAGCUGCUGAUGCUGCUGCUCUUCUGUCUGAUCAAUGUUCUCUCGGCCCUGCACUAUUACUCCCAGACCAUCAUAAGUUUCGUCCCCAAAUACUGGUGUGCAGAUGGUUUGCCCGCCAACAUUGAGCCGCCGGCUGAGUCAAGUUGCCUGCCCUCAAACAGGAAUAUUACUAGCCCGAAUACCUGCUACAGCUAUGACUACGAGCUCUACAUGGGCUACCAGAGCUUUCCCAGCGAGAUGGACUGGGUGUGCGCCGAUGCCUGGAAGCUCACCCUCGGUCAGUCCAUGUUCUUUGUGGGUUCUGUGGUGGGCUCCAUGCUCCUGGGCUUUCUGGCCGACGUGGUCGGUCGUCUGCCCAUCCUGAUCGUGGCCAACCUGAUUGCCAUGACCGGCAAUCUGCUGACCAUUUGGAGCAGCAAUGUAACGCUCUUCUGUAUUUUUCGCAUGAUUUCGGGCAUUGCCACGGACAGCAACUUUGUGAUGAUGUAUAUUUUGGUUAUGGAGUACAUGCGUCCAUCAGUGCGCACCCUUGGUCUGAGCAUCUGCAUUGGAUUCUUCUACUGUCUGGGCUCGAUGGCGGCGCCCUGGAUUGCCGUGCUCAUGCAGAGCUGGCGGGGAUUCCUGCUGGCCACCUCGCUGCCCCUGCUGGUGGUGCCACUUUUCUACCUAUUCGUGCCGGAAAGCAUUCAGUGGCUGAUUGCCAAGCAAAAGUACGAUCGGGCCGUGGUCUGCCUGAAGCGGGUGGCCAGGAUCAAUGGACGGCAUGUGGAGGAGAGCGCCUUCGAGGAGUUCGUGGAGGAGUGCAAGUUCAGCCAGCAGAACCAGAAGACCUCGCCCCACCUGCUGCACCUGUUCAAGACUCCCCGCCUGCGCCGCCACACCCUGAUCCUCUUCUUCAAGUCCAUGGUCAUCACCCUCUGCUACGAUGCGGUAUCACGAAACGUUCAGGGCCUUGGCAUUUCGCCAUUUGUGAUGUUCUCGCUGAGCGCCACCGCGAUUCUGCCGGCCUGCCUGCUGAUCAUCGCCCUCCAAGAUCGCAUCGGACGCAAGGCGAUGGCGUCCGCCUCUCUGCUGCUGAGUGGCAUUUUCAUCUCGGUCACCGGGGGCAUCAUCUUCGCCGCCUCUGCAUCGGAUAAAACCACCACAUUGCUGGUAAGCCUCUCGGUGGUGGGCCGCUUCGGGGUGACCGUGGCCUACAACUCGGGGGCGCAGUAUGCCACCGAGCUGAUCCCCACCUGCGUGCGCGGCCAAGGAGUGGCGGCGGUUCAUGUGGCCGGCUAUGCCUUUACCUUCUUCAGCGCCUACAUCCUGUUCACGCGGAGCAUCUUCUCGCCGCUGCCCGAGAUUAUCCUGGGCGUGCUGUCCUUGCUGGGGGCGUGCCUCUGCCUGCUGCUGCCGGAAACCCUUCAUCGCACGUUGCCCACUUCGCUGGAGGACGGCGAGAAUUUCGGGAAGAACGAUCGGUGGUACACCUUCAGCUUUCUGGAGAAACGCACUCAAUCUGCGGCCACGCUGGCCACCCAAAACGUGAAGAUGUACUCGCAAUCGACGGAAUCGGCCGUCUACUUUUGAGUAAAUACGUGGAAUAUUUUUGUAGAUAAUGGAAGUCAGUUGGAUACUAUCACUGCACUCUUUGUUUCUCUGUAGACUCCACCAAAUGAUAAGUGUAUAUAAUAUAAGGUACGGUAUCAAUUACGAGUAUAUUUGUAGAAAUACUUUACCGUUUUUGAUGUACAAACGAAAAAUGAACAAGUAUAAAAAAGCUUAUAUUUUUUUAAAAUUCUAAGUCAGCAUUACUUAAUCGUGACUUGCAACUGAUAAAUUUUAGCCAUAUUUUGAGUUCCUUAAAAGGAAACAUAUAAUGGGACGCAGUUAUAUAUUUUAUAGGAUCCUUUUAGGCAUUAAAAUGUUCAAAAUACAAUUGAAUACUCUCA